AUGGUUAGGAUGACGCAAAACACAAAAAAUCCCGAAGGAACAGCUUACGAUACCGUAAAUCCUCUAUUAAGCCCUCCUCUCUAAUAAGCCCUCCCCCCUUUUCAGAGGAGGAAAGUUAAUAAGCCCCUCCUCUCUAUUAACCCCCCCCUCUCCCCCCAUCCUUAUUCUUCACAAAAAAUUUACGAUUAACGUGGACUGAUCAGUUAUGGUUUAUUCAGGCUGGAAGUUCAUAUUGUUUUUGGUCUUCGGCCGCAUGACCUCCAACUUCAUAUGAAGCGGAAAGCACAUUUUUGAAGAAUAAGAAUUUUGUUUUUGUUGGUCUUAGGCUCCAACAAGUGAAUUAAAUACUUUGGACAGUGACUUUAAUUGUACAAAACGUAAGUCUACUAUGUCUGUUACUACGGUAUUUUUGCUACCAGUGAUGCGUUUCGCUAAAUUAAAUAAGUCCCCCCUCUCUUUUAAGCCCUCCCUCUAUAUCAAGCCCCCGUCAAAAGUGCUUGAAAAAAAUAAGCCCCCAGGUGGCUUAAUAGAGGAUUUACGGUUGGUAGAUCUUGUGACAUUAAUUGUGCAUUCAUACUUCGAUACUCUUUUGCGUUACGUUUUAUCAGUGACAUUCUGUGGAGCAGUUGUUAUGAAAGUUAUGGACCAAAAGACACUCGUUAAGCGCAGAUGAAGUUAAGUGAGUUUGCCAGACACGAGUUCACAAAUCUUUGAGUUCACAAAUCUUCGGCUGAACCUUGCCAGACACUCUUUCUCUCUCUUUGACCUGAAUAAGACUCGGCCCAAAACAAGCAAGACGAGUAAAUGAUGCAACGGCCAGCUUAUCACUAGCAGAAGGAUGGACGAUUACAGAAAUUAGCCGACCAUUAAAUUCUGUGCUGACUUAUUCCCUGCUCACAGAUGUCCUUCCGUCAUAAAGUUUAAAAUAAGACUAGAAUGCGCCAGCGUGAAUUGAUCAAAUGUCGUUUUAAUUUCUAAGGCUUACUUUCAGGCAAAUGAAAUGAACUAAAUAUAAAAAGUGACAUACAAAUAGCGAAAACUUCAAAUUAUAAUUAAAUCUUUUCUUACGGUUUAGAAUAAACUAUUCUCGAAACUGAGAAUGUUUUGAUCAAAUCUGUGUAAAUCAAACUGAAACUGCGCAUGGAACCUUGCGUUUAUUUCCUUUAUUUAUCUCACCCGUUGUAUAGAAUAUGUGUGAUCAUCUUCAUUAUGAAUCGGCAUAUUUCAAAGAGUUACACAAGGAGCAAGAAUACUAUAUACAGAGCGGGGGCAAAAGCCUGCGAAAAGAUCCGAUUGUCCUCGCUCUUCGCCGCUGGGGACGUUUCGCGCGGAGGAACGUCUGCGAUUCAGCGACAGAAAUUCCAUACUGAUGACGCAAAUCACUGUUUACAUAAUAAAUCCGAUAGUCAUGGGGUUCCAAAUACAAAUUUGUCCACUUUUACGUGUCUUCUUGUCGAUUUUGGUUAAGUUUUGUGUUCAUCUGCCAACUAGCUUCAGCAAAACUCAAACGCUUUAUCUAGAGAAGAGUAUAUUCCACAAAUAUUGACUGUUUUGCUCUAGAUUCUUCGCGUUUACAUUUGACCUUUGUGGCCUUUUGUCCUUUGUCUGUCAUUCGUAAACAGUAGCUAAAAACAAUGUAACUACUCCGUCGACCAAUCAGCGCUUCUGACCGGAUUCCGGACAGAUUUUACGUCAUCAGUAUGGAAUUUCUGUCGCUGAGUCGCAGGCGUUCCUCCUCGCGAAACGUCCCCAGCGGCGAAGAGCAAGGAGAAACGGAUGUGUUCGCAGGCUACGGGGGCAGCUGUAGUGUCAACUGUUACUAGUUAUCCAUUAUAAGCUGCAGACUUUUAACUGAACUGUCAGCUUUCGGCUGCUAAGCGCACUCUUUAAUGAGAUGGCCUCCCACUCGCAUACCACUCGGAUUCAGCACAAAUUUUAUAAUAUGUAGAGAAUAACGAAAGUAGUAUAUGGCGCACUGGUUUUGUUUUUUUAAAGUGAAAUCCCAUUAGUGUGAAAAGGAAUACAUUAGCGCCGAUUACGUCAUAGCCUUUUGUCUUACUCCCCUGAAUAAAAUGCGGGUAAAAUCCCAAGAUAAGGUCGUGCAUGUGCCAUUUUAAGGUUGUUUAACAGGGUCGAUAGGUUUUAGAUCCAUGAUUUCAUAUUUCAUUUGAUGUUGUGUGCGUCAUGUCCAUAUUUAGGUCUGAAGCCACCUGUGAAUUAAAAUCACUGAACCGUCACGUGAUUAUACGCGUUCUAUUUCCUGGCCCCUUUUAUUUAGAAUUGCACUAUGGGGAACUAGAAAGUCGUAGAUUACGGUAAGCUUCGUCCUGACAAAAUUCUCACAUAUUAUCUUUAAAAAGCCCUAUAUAACAGUCCGGAAUAUCCCUAAAUUUAAGGACAGGGCCAACUGGUCACGCGACACUUUUCAACCAAUGAGAAGGCGUGCUUGUGUUUAUCAACAAAUAAAUCAAAUCGCCCUAGUGAUCAAAAAUGUUCAAAACAACAGACUCAGUCAUCGUUUCGAGGCUCUCAGGCAUAUUUUUAAGACUUUUCAUGCAGACCGUCUGGAGUACGUUUAGAAUACGGAUGUUAACAACAACAUCGCCAACACCAGAUUCUUCAAAAACCCUUUUCACGACGGCGGCUAUGGCGGACUCGUAACCGAUUUCUGCGUUUCAUUCUCCUUGCCAUAAUGUCACAGGGAAUUUUUGGUGAUUCCCAAAGUGGGAAAAAAACAGGAAAUUCGUGUGGUUUUCUUGGGUUUUGGUUGUAAUUUCCCAAAUUGGGAAUAUGCUACCAAAACCAAUAUUGGGUUCAAGUAAACCCAAUAAAAAAACCCCGCAAAUUGGGAUUUUAGUGUACCAACUUUAACACAGGAAUGGAGUUUUAGCGUCCCAUAUUUAUCCCAUUAAUGGGAUUUUACCAACCCACAAAAACCCCAAAAAUGUGAUUCAAUUGUCCCAGUUGAACCCCAAUAGUGGGUUAAUACUGGGCCAGCUGAAACCCAAUGUACGGAUUAUAUUGGAACAGUAAUACCCCAGCCAUGGGUUUUUAUUGCCCCAGGUAAUCCCCAACUAGUGUUAUAACAUUGGUCCACUUUUAUCCCAUUAAAGGGAUUGUAUUGGACCAUUCUAUAUCCAAGGUAUGGGAAUAUAUUGGGAUAGUAAUACUCCAAAAAAGGGUUUUUAUUGCCCCAGUUGAUCUUCAAUAAUGGGAUAACAUUGGCCCACGUAUUUCCUGAAUUAAGGGAUUUUUUUGGUUCAGAAUGUCAUUGUAAUCAAUCAAGCAGCCUUUAAGAAUAUUGGUCUAGUUGUAAAACACAAAAUAAAGAUUCGACAAUAUUAAUGGUUAACAGUACCAUUUAUUUUAGAUGACAAUGCAGGUGUCAAUUCAAACUGGUUGAUUGUUACUAAACAGGAAUUUAAUCUGUAUCUCUUUAUAUGAAAAUAUAACGUCCAAAAAAUACAAUAUCAUUGAAAACUAUAUCAAUAUAUAUAUCAAUAUAUAUAUAUAUAUUAAACUGUUUACUUAAGUUCAUUCAUGAAUCAUAGAGCAAUGCCUUUAUGCAGAGUCACAUUGUCGAAGGCUAUUCCGUACAUUCAUCAAACAGCUCAAUUCCUUUAUGAACACAUCAAAUGUCCUUUAACUUCAUUUUCAUGGUUAAGAGCAACAUUUAUAUCAGAACCACUAUGGUAUUUAGUUAUAGCUAAGUCCUACCUGGGAAAAAACAGCGUCAAGUCAUAAUUACAAUAAAUGAACCAGUCUCUUGUAUAGUUUUUACACAGCGGACAUGUCACAACAUUCUUAUAUAUUUCCUCUAAUACAUUGAAGUCUUCCAUUUCAAUAUCCCGCCAGAAUAUAAUUAUUCUAAGGGAUUCCGCGGACGAUUUGCAGCAAAGACCACAGUCAUCUGUAUAAACAAAAAAGGUGGAAACUUCAUCUAUAAAAACGAACAAAUAGCACCCGACAAGAGACAAUCGAGCCUCGUACGAUCUCAACGGAGCAACCAAACACGAGUUUACACACAUAACUUCCUCUUUAAUGCGCGAUCCAGCUGAGUCAUUGUUUAAUAGAAGACGAUUUUGAAACAAGACAAAUGUAACCAACCUCACAAGUGAAUAUUUUGAGUUAAAUUCUUUGGAUGCAUUCAUUAUAAAGACAAUCCCUUUGCACACCACCGUUGUACUGCACAGAAGUCCGCCUAAAGAUUUGAACCAAGAAAACUGAUCUUGUACACAUUUCUAUUGGUUCAAAAGCCCCACGUGAUCACACAUAUCAAUAAGCGGAGGCCUGGAAGCCAGUUCAAGUACCAAACAUGGCAGAUGGCGGCAGAUUGUCUGUCUUUGAAAGCUUUAACUUGUGGUCUGUUUCAGAGUUAAAUGUACUAUGCCGACGCUCGGGAAGAUUAAAGCAGAGAGAAAAAAAUAUUUCAUGGUUCUCCCAGGUGAGGGAACCUUUGAAAAAAGGCAGCGAGCCUAUUCACAGAUGCGGCGAAAAAUGUAGUUCGCCGAAAACUCCAUGCAAAGCAAUCUCAUUAAUAAGAUUGGACUCGAGUAAUUGGCAAAAUUUCAGCUCUCAACAGAAGACACCUUGAUAUGGAGAAGAGUUAUGCGCCUAGUGGGAUCAUUCAUAGUUAAUUAUAUUGAAGCGGCUGCGUGCGAUCAAGUGCAUGCACUGAAUUACCAUACUUCUGGUUUUCAAAUAAGCCAAUGAAACUUCAACUGUUUUGUUCCAAACUUGGCAGAUAUGAUGUUUGGAAAAUUAAACUUUUUAAAACAGAAAAUUUGUACACUAUGUAUGUUGGUAUUUCAAGAGUAUGUAUGUUGGUAUUUCAUUUCUUUCAAAACUAAAUUCAACAUUUGGGAAGAAUUACUAGUUACCAAACAUUAUGUGUCUGAAAAAUAUUAUUCUUAAUCCUUUUCUGUUUUUGGAUUGGAAUUUAUUCAAUAUUUCCGAUAAUAGAAUAUAAUUAUUGGCCUAACCCUUACAUUGUAAUUCUAACACAAGAUUAUUGAAUUCUUUCCCACUCAACAGUCAUAAAAAUAACAAAUCUAGAUUUAAUCAAAUCCUUUUCCAAGGUGGGGAUUUCUUGUCCCUUUCAUUUUUCAAAAUUGGGAAUAACAUGUUGCAAUAUUUCCCAACUAGUGGAAAAAUAGCCCCAUUAUUUUCCCAUAUUUUGGGAAAUAAACCCAUUGGUUUCCCAAUGUUGCGAUCUUGGAAUCUAUAUUGCAUAUUUUCCCAAACUAAACACAGCAUUGGGAAAACGUAACCCUAACUUUAACCAACCCUUUCCCAAGGUGGGGAUUUCUUGUCCCUUGCAUUUCCCUAAAUUGGGAAUAACAUAAUGAAAUAUUUCCCAACUUGUGAAAAAAUAGUCCAAUCAUUUUCCCAUAUUGUGGGGAGAAAACCCAUUGGAUUCCCAACAUUGGUAUUUUAAAAAAAUAUUUCGCUUCAUUUCCCAAAGUGAACCCAGCAUUGGGAAACAUAAAGCUAAAUUUUUACCAAUCAUUUCCCAUGAGAGGAAAAUGUUGUCCCAAACAUUUCCCAAUAAUGGGAAAAAUCCCCAACACUUUCCCAGUUUGGGAAUUACAAAAAGUUUCCUGUGUGUAUAAACGAGAAAGCUGAAAGAAAUAAAAUGUAAAUUCCAGCAAAUUAAUAUUAUAGGAAAUUAUUGACUCAAAACGCAAAUCUGAUUUUAACCUGACAAUGUUUUCACGGCUGGUAUAGUAACUUUGUAUCAAUUCACAUCCUAGGCCUCAGUACCUGAGCCAAACCUUGAAACGGAGAUAAAAGGUUCACAGAAGUAUAAUAAUGUUAAUAGGCACACUUACUUGUUCAUUUCGUGUCGGAAUAAGGGAACCGUUUCUUCCCGUUCCAUUUGCAUUGCUAAUUGCUUUGCUGCCCGGUAUUAAAGACAGAACCAACAGCAGCAAACACGCGACUAAGUUAAACUUCAGGGCCAUGGGUCCGUGGAAAAGUCUUGAUCAAUAUUGAUGAAAUUGGUACCGAAAUACGCGGAAAAUUAUACAUUUUUUAAGUCUGGUAGUAACUAAGCGAUCCCAGCAUGCACUAGGACGCUAUGCCCCAGUUUUCCCCAUCCGAUCUAUAUUUACCCUUUGUGGGCCUUCUAAAAAACACUCAACUUGCCAAAAGUAAUCGCCAAAGCCAGUGGAUUUUUUUCAGCAAUCGACAACAAAACAUAGGAAAAGAUAUGUGUUAAAGGUGUAGUUUUAGAAUGCCGGAGGUAACUUGUCAUGAAUCUUCAAAAAAAAAAAAAACGAAAGGAAAAACUACAAUUUUUACGAAUAUUUUGACCGCGAUCUACUGUGGGCGUGGUCACUGGCAAUAUGAAAGUUUUUUGUUAACAAGGAGUUUCAUAUGAUACAACUACAUCUAAAAUACAGGUGUGGGACUGUUUUUGUCACUGUCCAGGGGACAAAAAACGCGCCUUCAAAACACAAAGGUUCUUGAACACAACUUUAAUAAUCGAGAGUUGCACACGCAACAUAUUCUCUUAACAACACAACAGGAUCGAAUUGGAGUCUCAUCUUUGGCUAACAAGCUUCACUUGGCAAGUAAAAACCUACAAAAAACCCACUUAAUUACUGUUGCAACGGGAUUUGGAAAUACACGAGCUGCUAAGACUCACCAUACGAUGAGAAACUCCCGGCGACUAGCGCGUUACAAAGCACAUGGUUUCUUUCUCGCUACACACGACACUGAGACGCGCUCACUGAGCAUGUUGGGAGUAUAA